AUGCGCCAGCUCCUGAGGAAGACGGUCAAGUCCCAGGAAUUCGAGGAGGCCGUGCGCGAGCGGCGGCCCUUCAAGGGCCCCGUCGCGGGCGUCUUCCGAAAAACGAAGGUCGAAGCCACCAUGUUCCCGAUCCGCUACCGCCGCGGCGAGCUGCCCUGCUCCAUCGAGCACCGGGGCUCCGGGAACAACCUGUCCUGGAUCUGCCCGCUCCUCCAGCUCGACUACGAGCACUACCUGCCCAUCUUCUUGGACGGCAUCCGGUGCACGGAGUCGCCGUACCAGUUCGUCGCGCGCCAGGGCUUCGACGAGCUCAUCGAGGAGGCCAAGGGCUUCCCGGACUGCGUGCUGCCCUGCCUGCCGGACCUCAUCAAGCCCAUCCGCCUCGCGCUGAACACGAAGGACCCGGACAUCGUCCACGCCGCGCUCCGCGCGCUCCAGAAGAUCGUGCUCUCGAACUACGGCGUCGGCGAGGCGCUCGUGCCCUUCUACCGCCAGCUCCUCUCCGUCAUGAAUCUGUUCUUCACGAAGCGCCAGAAUUUAGGCGACGCCAUCUUCUACGGCCAGCGCAAGGGCACGGACCUGGGCACGGCCGUCCUCGAGACGCUCGAGCUCCUCGAGAAGACGGGCGGGCCCAACGCGUUCGUCAACAUCAAGUACAUGGUCCCCGCCUACGAGUCCUGCGUCCAGUGA